AUGGUCGAGGUCCAGCCUUCACUUAACAUGAAUAUUUACAAAACAUUAGAAUCAAAACCCGCCACCUAUGCAGUUCGUAAAACUGAAAUAAAAUCGACCUUCCUUACUGCCGGGCGAACUGAAAUUGAAUAUAAUGCAUUCAGCGCCAGCAUUCCGCGUCGAAUUACCGUUGCCUUAAUUUCUAAUAAUGCAUUCAAUGGAAGCUUCGGUUUGUCCCCGUUUAAUUUCCAGCCAUACGAUUUAAGGGAUAUUUCUGUUCAUACGGGAGGUCACAUAUAUCCUUUGGUCCCGUAUAAAUUAAAAUUUAAUGACAAUCUUUUUGUUCGUGCAUUUGUUGACAUGUACGAAGCACUGGGCGUGGCAAAUUCAGAUAGAUCAAUCGAUAUUUCUAUGGAAAAAUUUUAA